AUGACAAGCAGAGAGGAAACCCGAACACAAGGACACAGCUCGCUAUCAGUACACACAAAAGACACACUCUUGAUGAGCAGAUUGACUUACAGACUGCCUUCUAUGAGUCCUUCGUGGAUUGCUGUGUUUUUUGUGGUGAUGGUGGCCACACUGGGUUUCUCUCACAUAGAUUUGCCUGAGCAGGACAGCAGGGAACCUUGCGCCCGCUGGAUGGGGGGUGUUUCUGGCACACCAGGGUUUGGUGGCAUCCCUGGUAGGGAUGGACGUGAUGGACGUGAGGGGGAGAAGGGAGAUAAUGGAGAGCCAGGCCCCAAAGGACCAACCGGUGAGCCAGGUAAACCAGGAGAUGAAGGACCAGCAGGCAAAAGAGGAUUUCCUGGAAACCCAGGCCUGAAAGGAGAAAGUGGAGAGGCUUCCUUCCCCUACCACUCAGCUUUUAGCAUGGGACUCACAGAUAAAGUCAGCCCCGCCAGUGGAUCUCCCAUCCGCUUCACCAAAACCUUCUACAAUGAACAACACCACUAUGAUGACAUCUCUGGAAAGUUUCGCUGCGCCAUUCCAGGGAUCUACUACUUUACAUAUCACCUCACCAUCAAUGGCAAGGAGACCAAGGUUGCAAUGUUUCGAAAUGGCCGGACUGUGGCCUUCACUCUUGACCAGUUCCAAAGUGGAAAUCUGGAUCAGGCCUCCGGAGGGGUGAUUUUAAAUCUGUCUGCUGGAGAUGAGGUUUGGCUUCAGUUGUAUGAUGACAUAUUUGAUGAAGGGAUUUAUGUUGAUUAUAACAACGACUCCACCUUUUCUGGCUUCCUUUUGACGCCUAAAGUUUUAAGCAACCCAUUUGACAACCGCAAACGCUAAGAUGUCUUUAUUACACAUUUAUGUCACUUAAUCUCACUGAACUGAUCGUUUGCAGUGUGUUUUAAGAUCUAGAGGGCAGAUAUGUUCACAGGAAGUCUGACUGCACAUCAGGCCAAUUGGCUUCCUCUCUGUAGGCUACUUUUAAGAUAUUUUAAUCAAUGUUCAAGGUCAGUUCAUACCAUCAUACAUGCUGAGACAUGACCUUAUAAUUAUAUUUAUGUUUUAAAUUAGAUCAUGUGUGGGGGUGCAGCAGCAUUAGGACGCCAUAGAUUUUAAUGAUGCAAAAUAUCAUCACAGCUGUUAGGAAUUUAGAUUCAUUAUUGUUCAUUAAAAGUAUUCUCGGGCUAAUGGAGACAUCUGUGUCACAACUUGAAAUGUUCUAUAAUUUGAAACUAUUCAUUGUGGAGAGUUUUCACGUCUCUCUAAACUCCAGAGUUAACUGUAGAAUCCUGCAAAUUAAUUGUCACGUUACUAACACAAAGUUUGAGUCGUUAAAGUUUGUGAAGGCAGCAUAUGACAUGUACUGAUGGGGUGCUUGUUAUUAAAUAUUUUUAUGCUAAUUUCCUGCAGAAUAUUUCAUCACUGACUGUUUUAGUGAGUUGAAAAGCGAGAUAAUUAAGUUCAUUGUAUUGCAGUUUUUUUUUAUGAUAAU